AUGGCUAGUUUAGAAGAUCUUAUCCCCACUGUCAAUAAGCUGCAGGAUGUUAUGUACGAUUCCGGAAUCGACACACUCGAUUUGCCUAUUUUGGCUGUUGUUGGGUCACAAUCCUCCGGGAAAUCAUCAAUCUUGGAGACCUUAGUUGGCAGAGACUUUUUACCUAGGGGUACUGGUAUUGUCACCAGAAGACCUUUAGUUCUUCAACUAAAUAACAUACCACCAAAUUCUCCUCUAAUAGAGGAGGAUGACAACUCCGUUAAUUCUCAUGAUGAAGUUACAAAGGUAUCAGGGUUUGAAGCCGGUACAAAGCCUUUGGAGUACAAAGACAAGGAAAGAAACCAUGCGGAUGAGUGGGGUGAAUUCCUGCAUAUACCGGGGAAACGGUUUUAUGAUUUCGAUGAUAUUAAGAGAGAAAUCGAAAAUGAAACUGCAAGAAUAGCUGGUAAGGAUAAAGGUAUCAGCAAGAUCCCUAUUAAUUUGAAGGUCUUCUCCCCACAUGUUCUGAACUUAACACUGGUAGAUUUGCCUGGGAUUACUAAAGUUCCUAUUGGAGAACAACCGCCUGAUAUUGAAAAGCAGAUCAAGAAUUUGAUCCUGGACUAUAUAGCUACUCCCAAUUGUUUAAUUUUGGCUGUUUCACCAGCCAAUGUCGAUCUUGUUAAUUCUGAAUCUUUAAAAUUAGCUAGAGAGGUGGACCCUCAGGGGAAAAGAACUAUUGGUGUCAUCACCAAAUUGGAUUUGAUGGAUUCUGGAACUAAUGCUCUGGAUAUCUUAUCUGGAAAAAUGUAUCCCCUAAAAUUAGGUUUUGUUGGAGUAGUAAAUCGCUCACAACAAGAUAUCCAAUUAAACAAGACUGUUGAAGAAUCCUUGGAUAAAGAAGAGGACUAUUUUAGAAAACAUCCAGUCUACAGAACCAUUUCAACUAAGUGUGGCACGCGCUACUUGGCCAAAUUGUUAAACCAAACGUUGCUAAGUCACAUUAGAGAUAAACUUCCGGAUAUUAAGACCAAAUUGAAUACCUUGAUCUCUCAAACAGAACAAGAACUCGCUAGGUAUGGUGGCGUAGGGGCCACUACUAAUGAAAACAGAGCUAGCCUUGUCUUACAAUUAAUGAAUAAGUUUUCUACAAACUUUAUCUCAUCCAUAGACGGUACGUCUUCUGAUAUCAAUACUAAGGAACUCUGUGGUGGUGCCCGUAUUUACUACAUUUAUAAUAAUGUAUUUGGGAACUCCCUAAAGUCAAUUGAUCCAACUUCCAACUUAUCUGUUCUUGACAUUAGAACCGCCAUUAGAAAUUCUACUGGCCCUCGUCCCACUUUGUUUGUUCCUGAAUUGGCAUUUGAUCUUUUAGUUAAACCUCAGAUUAAACUGUUAUUGGAACCGUCUCAGCGCUGCGUCGAGCUAGUUUACGAGGAGUUGAUGAAAAUAUGCCAUAAAUGUGGCUCUGCUGAACUAGCUAGAUAUCCUAAAUUAAAGAGUAUGUUAAUAGAAGUAAUAAGUGAGCUACUUAGAGAAAGAUUACAACCUACUCGCUCUUACGUUGAAAGCUUAAUUGAUAUACAUCGAGCAUACAUCAAUACCAAUCAUCCUAAUUUUCUAAGUGCCACGGAGGCAAUGGACGAUAUCAUGAAAACACGUAGAAAACGGAAUCGAGAAUUAUCAAAGAGCAGAUUGUCUCAACAGGAGAAUGGUCAAACUAACGGUAUUAACGGGACUUCAUCUACCUCCUCAAAUAUAGAACAAGAUUCUACAAAAAACAGUGAUUAUGAAGAUGAUGGGAUCGAUACAGAAUCGAAGCAAACAAAGGAUAAGUUCUUGAAUUACUUUUUUGGUAAGGAUAAAAAGGGACAGCCUGUGUUUGAUGCACUAGGAAAGAAAAGGACUACUGCAGGUGAAGGUAAUAUUGAAGAUUUCAGAAAUUUACAAAUAUCAGACUUCUCAUUAGGAGAUAUAGAUGACCUUGAAAACGCAGAACCUCCACUAACUGAGAGAGAGGAGUUGGAGUGCGAACUAAUCAAACGGUUGAUUGUUUCAUACUUUGAUAUUAUAAGAGAGAUGAUUGAAGAUCAAGUACCAAAAGCAGUUAUGUGCUUACUCGUAAAUUUCUGUAAAGAUUCUGUUCAAAAUCGAUUAGUAACCAAACUCUACAAAGAAACGUUAUUCGAAGAACUAUUAGUUGAGGACCAAACUUUAGCUCAAGACAGAGAACUAUGUGUGAAAUCUCUCGGGGUUUAUAAAAAGGCCGCAACCCUUAUUAGUAAUAUUCUGUAA